AUGGCGCGCCGAAACGCUCGGAAAUCCACGCCUUGCGUGGAUGGAAUCGGAAAAGCACUCGAUGCACUCUUGACUUCUGCCUCCACUACGCCUAACCUCGGCCUCGAGCAAUACCGUGAACUCUGGCUACAAUACGAGGACCCCGCAAACCACUCGAGCUCCGAAAUCGAAGCCCACCCGAAACACGGUCGAGUUGCUACUCUGCUACAUCAGUACUUCGCUUCGACGUAUACCACCGCAGGCGUGGAGAAGACGUCGGUCAGGGCGCAGAUCAGAGCCACUCAGUCGUCCGCGAGCUGCAGGUAGUAUCAAGAGCUCGGAGGAUUGCGAUUGUAUGCCUUUUUUGGGCGUUCGGGGUGUGAGAGCAGAAAGUUCCUGGCAGAAGUAAGGGCGCUCGCGUACUUGCAGCGUGCUCCAGCGCAGCCAGAAGAAGGGCAGCCUCCGACGGCGCCCUUAUGCCUAACAUUCAAGGAAUCUAUUGCGCUUCUGAGGGAGGCGAGCGAGGAACGACGCCAUGGAAACACGAAGUCAGGCACCUCUCAGCUGCUUGAGUGGAGACCGAUCGACGGCAAGCGGGCUGCAGAGCUGGCGCACGAGAGACUCGGCAUGGUGCGGCCGCACGCAGAAUCCACAGGAAUAGAGCAGCGGAAAUCGACUAAGAAAGGCAACCAAUCCAGCCUCGGGCAUCAAGUAGCUCAUGGUCCAGAGGAAGCCUACCAGACAACGAACGCUCGAGAGAAUGGAGCCCCAGUAAUACAGAAAGAUCAAUCAGCCACUGGCCCACAGGAACACGGACACUCCAGCGCCGGUCGGGAGGAUCAAGUUCAAAGAAUGCAAGGGUAUGAAUCAGCUCAUCGCCCGAGCGAGGACUACCAGACAACGUGGCCACAAGCGAAGAGGUUUCAGCAGUCGCAACUAUCUGCCCUCAGCAACGAGGAUACACCGACCCAGGACAUCUCGACGCGUGAGAGAUCUCCGGAGGUGAAUCGCGGCAAGAACAUGGGAAUGGAAUUGUAUGACCGCGAAUCUAACGAUUGGUUUCCCGAUGUGAGUCGCACAACCGCGCGCGCUUCACGUGCUCGAGGUACUGAUUCUGCUGUAGCCGAUGUACGACACCAAUGACGAUCUGAACGAUACCAAUGACGACCUGAACGAUACCAAUGACGAUCCGAACGACAACGACUCGACAGCACUUUCAAUUCGGAACCUGCUCGGGAUGGGUUCGCCUUCCGAUUCGGAUUCGGUCCUGACUCACGCGCUCCUGCCUUGCCAGUCGGCAGCUGCGAGCGCUUCCCACCUUCCGCCUGUGACGAGAACAGCAGCCCCACCACGCAACCAUCUGCUGACUUCCAUCUGCAAUUCUCCUACUCAUCAACGCAGAAACAUCAACGCCGCCUUUCCCAAACCACCAACCCCCUUCGAUAUCUGGCCCGCGAUCGACGACACACGUCUCGACGACACAGGUCUCGACGACACACGUCUCGACAGCACUCUCUCCGACUCGACUUACCCCGGCACAGCCUGCAUUUCACUACCUGCCAUGACCCAGGCUCCGGGCACGAAGAAGCGCCGCCGCGAUGAGCACCCAUCGUCAGGGCCAUCCGGAGCUCGAGUUGACGGCGCUGUUACGCAGUGGAUGCGUGCACGUAACCAGAAGAAGAAUGAGAUGGAUGCCGCGGAGAUGAUCCAGGCUGAUCUGCAGGCCGCACACAAGUUCCUGUCCCUCCUCCUACCAACUACCAGUCUUGUCAUUCACAAGGACCCGCCCCUCCUUUGGGCUCAUCGUCGUCUGCCAGGUAAACAUCAAGCAGUCAUACUGCUACCACCACCAGCGACCACGGAAACCGCCGAUGACGACGAAGCGGAUGAAGAUGACGGUUCCCACGACUGGGCUAUCGUCUCGGUCACCAAACUUGCAGAUGGUGCGAUAAUGGAUACCCGGAUUCAUACGGCAACCACUCGCGGUUUCCGAGCUACCUGUCAGCGCGUGGAAAUGAUCCUCAGCACCGCCAUGAACAUGCGAGCCGUGGAUUGGAAGGAAAUCGAAUGGCAGCGAGUCCCCCUGCCUCUGCUGUGGGAUAACCUCCACGACGACAGUCUUACGGGCCUGAUUCAGUGCGUGGCCACCAAAGUGUUGCUGAUCGCCGCCGAUCCUGUACCUGAUCGGUUGCUCCUCUGGGCCUGGCUGGGAGCUCUUGUAGCAACAUCUGACACCCGUGCUCGGGUCUCCGAGAUCAACUCAGCCAUCGAGCUCCCAGAAACGAUCUACAGAGCGGCUGCCGACCAAACCGACGACGGCGACCUUGCCCGUGCCUUCAAAGCCACCAUGGCAGAAGCCCUCCGACUAAGCAGUGGCAGUGCGACUCUCUCGCAAUACCGGAGUGAGUUGAAUUUGAUCCUUGAGUGCGCCCCUGAGGCUUCUUCACCAGAGGAGACUUCCGAUCGCACCAAGAAGGCUCAGAAGGUGGCCAUGCAUUUACGGGGCUUGCUAGAGCUCUAUAACGAAGACAGUGAGGACUACCGGAUCUGCAAGGAGAAGUACGACGAGGCAGAGAAGCAGGCCGCCCAGGCAGCCCAGGCUGAGAGCAAGUCCGUCCAGGAGCUUUAUGUUUGGAUCGCCUUGAGCAAACAGACCGCAGAGACGGAGCGUUGGAACCUGGAAGCGGAGCAUACCGCCUACCUCAACCAGGUCGAAUCUCAGCUGGUAUCCAUGAAGGAACAAGUGCAGAACGCUCGACAGCCGUUGCGGCUCUGA